AUGAACAAGUCGAACACCUCAAAAAUGAGCCGAAACAUCCGCUUUAGCAUGACAAGAUGGCUGGCCAUCUUUCUACUCAUCACUAUACAAAUCCUCAGCGCAAGGGCUGCAGAAGAAACUGUUUGGGUCACGGUGAAAGUGCCGGCGCCAACACCCACAGUCCCCUUAUCACCAUCCUAUACCUCCCUGCACCAGUUCAAGGAUGACAUGAUGAAAGUCACCAAUGAAUACCGCGCAAACCACCACGCCGAGUCUCUCAAAUGGAACGAUACACUGGCUGAGUACUCGCGCAAAUGGGCAGAAGCCUGUAUCUGGAAACACUCAAAAAGUAGCUAUGGCGAGAACCUUGCAUAUGGAUUUGCGAAUGCUUCUGCCGCUGUGAUGGCCUGGGGUGAUGAAGGUGAUAUGUACGACUACGAAUUGCCGACUGGGUUCACUGAAGAGACGGGACAUUUCACUCAGCUGGUCUGGAAGGCGACUACCCAGGUUGGAUGUGCUGCUGUCAACUGUGGAUACUCAAAAGAUGAGUCAAAAGACGACAAGAAUAAACGAGACAAUGUGGAUGGGACUCGAGGAGAUCCUCUGGGAGGAAAGUUGAUGCCGCCUCGCUUGACAAAGGAUAACGAGGACGAAGGAAGUAACGACUUCCAAGGCAUGAAAAGAGACGAACCGCGGGCUCAGGGGUGGUAUGUCGUUUGCGAGUAUACACCUCCAGGGAACGUUGUGGGCCAACAUGAUUCCUAUUUCAAGAAGAAUGUAGUGCCAAAGAACGCUGUCUCCGAUGGGGCCGGGUCUUCGUCUUCGUCCACAACUUCUUCGCAGCCUUCUACCACAUCAUCGAAUAGCGCAACAUCCACUACCAGGGGCAGUCAGAGUGAGCCUACGGGAGGAGCUAUGAGGUUUGAGCUGGCCUCAACAUUGGGGAUGAUGAUGGUAGCAUUGGGAACUGUGGGCGUGGGAAUGGGGCUUUACGCUUGA